AUGUUGUGGUCGGAUGGGGACACAUUCGAAAGUUAUCUCAAGGCUGUCGGAGAGCAUUGUCGAGCGAGGGUACCGGCAGACUGCGAGCAGGAUGGAGGGGAUUUGAGUGCGUGCGAGUUGGGUCCGGGGAUGCCGACGGGCUGGUGCAGCUGGUAUGAGUACAUGGAGAAAGUUUCGGAGCAAGACUUAGAGUUGAACGCGCGCAAGCUGCACGGAUGGCUGAAGCAAGGGGUCGACUUGAGGGUGUUACAGCUCGACGACGGAUAUGUCGAUCACUGGGGAGACUGGACCAAGAGCUCAAAGAAAUUCCCGGAGGGAGCGGGGAACGUCGCAAGCAUUGCCGGGAGAUAUGGCCUGGCAGGAGGACUCUGGAUUGCGCCGUGGGCUGCGGAUAAGGAUGCUCUUGUCGCAAAGGAACAUCCUGAAUGGGUUCUCAGAGCAGACUCAGCUGCCAACAGUGGAUUUACACACCCGGGAAAGUGGUUCUACGGACUAGAUGCUACUAAUCCUGAGUGUCGAGCGCACGUGAAGUCUUUCAUCCAAGAGUUCGUGCAGCAGCACGGCAUCAAGUUCCUGAAACUCGACUUCCUGCAUGCAGCAGCCCUCCCAGCGCUGCAUUUUGAUCCAGCGCUCACAAGAGCUCAGGUCUUUCAACUCGCCCUGCAGACUCUCCGUGAAGCCGUGGGCGAUGCUUUCUUCCUGGCUUGUAGCUGCCCAAUGGGUGCAGCAGUGGGAUGGGUCGACGCGAUGAGGGUAUCAGCAGACACAAACCUCUCUUGGAAGCCGGCUCAGUGGCCGAUCUGGUGGGACAAGACCAACUUGCCGUCGGGGAGGAACAUGAUGCGCAACUCGCUCGUCCGGCAUCCUAUGCAUGGCGUGUGGUGGAUGAACAAUCCUGACUGUCUGGUGCUCGCAAGGUGUUUCUCACUCUGCCUUCCAAGUGACCCCCAGUCAGUGAGUCUGCGGGCAGGAAUGACCGGGGGGCUUCUGUUUCUUUCCGACGAUCUGCUCUCCCUCCCCGUAGAGCGACUCCGCAUCCUUCAGUGUCUGUUUCCCCCGCUGCACUCCCAACCCAGGUCGCUCGUUCUACCCGCGCACGUCAUCUUCCAUGGUCAGAGCGAAUGCCCUGAGGUUCUAGUCAGCGAGGUCUGCUGGUCCUCUGCUGGGGGGUGA